AACUGUGAUCACUACUUGUCACCUCCUCUCCAUCUCCUCUUUACUCUUUCUUCUUCUCUCUCUAAAACCUCACCGACACCAACUCUUUAUUUCUGUGUGCAACUAGUUUAGCCAGAGCGAGAUCGAAUUCAUCAUGAGUAUGUUGGAGAACAUUCAAAAGAGAUUACCAGCAAGACCGUUGAAACAAUCAUUGCCAGUCUCCCAAUCUUCGAACCAGCAAUCGCCUGAAGGUAGUUUAAGAAGAAGACUUUCAUUUGGAAUUAUUCCGUCUGAUAUUUCAACUCAAGCAAGUACAUGGGCGAUUCGUAGAACUAAAUCAAUGUCUUCGUUCGGAGAAACUACAGGAAGUUCGAUUAAGAAAUGGUGGGAUUUGAGCUGGGCUUGGAUCUUGUCAAGAAAACCUACAUUUGCUAGAGAUUUGGAAAUGGAUGAUGAGGAAUCAUCUAUGUUAGGGUUUCAUAAGAAAGGUACUUUACAUCAUGUUUUUUACAAAAUCAGAUUUGAGUUUAGGAAACUCUUGAAUUCGAAAACUGGGCGUGAUCAAGGUUUUAAGUAUGAUUCUCAGAGUUAUGCUCAGAAUUUUGAUGAUGGUGUUGGAAAGAAUAUGUAUCAAAGUUAAUGGAGGAGGAACUGUUUGGUUUGGUAGUGACAACAAAAAUAAUGGCGUUAAUUACCAGUUAUGAUUAUGAUUAAGGUUGGUUCUUCGUAAGGAAUCAAUUUGUUCUUCUUUUUCUUUUCUUUUUUGAAAUUAGAGAUUUAUAUGUAAUAUAUAUUUUGGGUGUAAUUUUAGAUGAAUCUUUAAAAUGGGUUUGUAAUAUAUAGAUCUAAUAAUAUAUAGUAUGUAAACAAUUCGUGAGAAAUCAAGGGUAUCCAUUGUUUUGUGAAGGUUCUUGAGCACUGAAAGGUAAUGUUAAAGCUCAAUUAAAUUGAUAUUAGUGGUUAGAUUGAACGG